ACCGAGGUUUAGUCGUCCACUGCUAACGGAGAGGGGAACACGUCAAUCUCGACGCAAAUGUUACCGAACACACGCGGGAAAUAGUUGCGUCUACCGUGAAUUAUAAUUAAAAUAAUUGUUUUUAAUUUUUAAAAGGAUACCGUGUAAAACUGUUAUAAUGGGUGUAAGUGCGAGGAUUACCGUCACGUUUCUACUGAUUUCUGCUGUCACAGCUGUGCCCACGGGAGACCACAAAAAGGCUGCUCUGAAUAUUGAUGACACAAAAGAUCUAAAUGCUGAAUCAUCAGAAAUCAUAUCAGAGGCGGUGGCGCCUCCUGCUGGCCUCGCGAGACACUACCAGGAGCCUGAAGCAGCGGCCUCGGACGACCAGGCUGACCACUCCAUAGAGCUCGUCGGCGGCGAGCAAAAUUUCUUCCCCUCCUUCGCUAACCUCUUCGAACCACGACAGCAAAACAACAACUUCAGACUGGGCUUCAAUAACCAAGAAGCAGCAUACAGCCAAAGACCAAACUCCUACAGAUCACUGCUAAACUAUCCUCUCUUUGGUGGAUACCGGAACGCAGACAACUUCGCGAAACAAAGCAGUCCCACUGCAGCGCCACUUGUUGAAGCAAGCCCAAGUUUGCUCGGGUCCGGAAACUUUGGAAUUAUCAGGGGCGGAACUUUCUUAGCUCAGAAUGAUGACGAUGAAUACGGCGAUGGAUACAAUUCCUACUAUAACAACGGUCAUGGCAGACCUUCGUACGAACUCGGCUACAUUGCGAACCCAAGGCCGAACUACAAUCAGGAUCAAUUUGCCAACUUCAGAGAUUUCGCCGAUAUCAACACGCCGUCAAAUUCUGCCUACUCACAUUUCGUCGUAGUCUACGCAAACAAGAACGCAACGAUGGACGAAAUUAGCGAAGAGUCUAGAAGAGUAGUCUCUAAACCGAAGAAUAUUAUUGAAACAUUAGAAAGCAUUGACAAAACUACAACCACAAGCUCGCCAAAAAUAUCAAAAGCUAAAUCAAAGCUGGCGGCGACUAAGCAGAAAAUGUUGAACAAAAAGGAGCAAUGGAAGAAGACCAACUCGAAGUUUGUUAGCCACAAACAUGAUGCGGAGGAACCUUUAUUAGCAUUAAGUUAAUUUAGUGACAAAUACAAAGACUUGCAUUAUGUAAGUGAUUGAAUUACCGUGGAAGUGUGCACGAGACACGCGUCAGCACAUUUCGAGUGCGAUGAGAGUUCGCCGUCUAAAUUUAAUUUUAUGUAAGUUUGUGGACAAAUUGUGUAAGUGAUUCCGUAUGCACGUGUGAUCGAUGAUUGCGAAUGUUUGUAAAUGUAUAAAUAUCAAUAACGAAAAAUAAAUUAAUUUUAAAUGUG